AUGAUCGAUACCACAACCGUACUGAAGGAGACGAAUCUGAACGAUACCGACCGAGGCAUUUUCGAACUCUCUGCAAACUGUGACGAGAACAGUGUAUCCGUUAUUCACGUAUCUUCGAUUUUGCACAGAAAAUGCUGCCAUUACCAGGAGGAUCUGGAACUUAUGAUAAAGGAGUUGGAUAGAUGGCUGAAUGAUGCGAAAAAGUGCGAGAGCUCACUAAAGGCCAAGGAUGCUCAAGGGAUAGGAGAUAGCCACAAGUUAUCCACAGUUCUGGAAUCGCUCGAUGAAGACGUGAAAAACAUGCGCUCAAUGGUGAACGCCUCCAAAGCAAGAAUUGCGACGAAUAAUCGUCGAAUACAAGAAAUAUUGAGUAACAUAUAA